GGUAAAGGGAGAAGGAGGAGGACAGACUGAACUUAGAACAACACCCAGGAGAGCACUCAUAUAAAAACACGGGCGGAAGUCACGGCAGUCACACUGUGCUGCUCCUUGCUGCUCUCGCACUGCGCGUCGUGCCCGGCACACAGAGGUUAUUUUUCACUUUGGAAUAUACAACUUAACCCUAAGAGAACAUGAGCAACUACAGCGUAUCUCUGAUCGGCCCAGCUCCAUGGGGCUUUAGGCUUCAAGGUGGAAAAGACUUCAACAUGCCUCUGACUAUCUCCAGGCUGAACGAUGGGGGAAAGGCAGCGAAGGCAAACAUUGGGAUCGGGGACGUGGUUUUAAGUAUCGAUGGUAUAAGCACAGAUGGAAUGACUCACUUGGAGGCACAGAACAAGAUUAAGGCCUGCGCUGGGUCCCUGAACCUAACCCUGCAAAGAGUGUCAGCCACACCGAAGACCAAUCCAAAUCCAGCACAAACUGAGGCUUCUAAAGAAAUAAUUAAGCCUGUGCCCGUUGCGUCACCCACACCCGCUGCUCCCAAAGUCACCACUUCUGUCGCAUAUAAUAAAGCACCCAGGCCAUUUGGAUCCACAGCAUCUCCAAAGAUUGCAUCAAUCCCAUCGCCAUCCUCUGCCUUCACCCCAGCCACUGCAAACCAAACUCAGGCUCCCCCACAGCCGUCUGCCUUAUCCUUGCUGGCUGCCGUCAGCCCCCCUCCCCACACCUCGCACGGACUGCAUGCCAAUUACAAAGCCAACGCUGAAGGGCAGUCGCCAGCUUUGAGUGCUUCUACUAAACCUACGGUUAAUGUUCCGCGGCAGCCUGGCAGUGUGUACGCUAACGAAAAUGCCCAAGAUGGGGUUGGUGUACAAAGAAGAGGACAAACCGAAAUCCAGGCAGACAAACAGCAGAAUGGGAAAAUUCCACCAAAACGUCCUCCGCGAAAGCACAUUGUGGAUACAUACACGGAUAUUUACCACACUUCCCCAUUUACCGAUGCAAGCAAGAAACGCCUGAUGGAUAACACUGAAGACUGGCACCCUCGUACCGGAACCACUCAGUCACGCUCCUUUCGGAUUCUUGCCCAGAUCACUGGCACAGAGCACAUGAGUGAACCAGAGCCUGAAAAUGUGAAAAAGACAAAUGAUGUACAGGAGCCCACGCCAGCUACCACAUACAAUGCUGCUCCUGCUAAGAAUAUGACGGCUUCCUAUAAGUCUCCGCCGCCUUUCAAACCUAGUGGCCCAACAAGCACAGCUAAACCAGCAGGAUGGCAACCAGCCCCCUCAAGUGGAAGGAUCACAAACAAUCCUCCAACUGCUACAAAAGCAGCAGCAGCAGAUAGCAAGGCAGCUGUCCCCAAUCCCGUGGCCGACCAGGACACAUUGUUUCAGCGAGCAGAGCACAUACCUGCGGGAACUCGCACUCCUAUGUGUGCCAAGUGCAAUUUGGUUAUUAGAGGGCCUUUCUUGCUGGCUUUGGGGAAAUCUUGGCACCCAGAGGAGUUCAACUGUGCUCAUUGCAAAAAAAGCAUGGCAGAGAUGGGCUUUGUCCAAGAGAAGGGUCACCUCUAUUGUGAGAUCUGUUAUGAAAAGUUUUUUGCACCAGAUUGUGCCCGUUGCCAGAGGAAGAUUCUUGGGGAAGUCAUCAAUGCUUUGAAGCAGACUUGGCACGUCUCCUGCUUCGUGUGUGUGGCCUGCAAUAUACCUAUUCGGAACAGCAUCUUCCAUUUAGAAGAUGGAGAACCUUAUUGCGAAACAGAUUAUUAUUCCUUGUUCGGUACGAUUUGCCAUGGAUGUGAAUUCCCUAUUGAAGCUGGAGACAGAUUCCUGGAAGCCCUGGGACAUGCCUGGCAUAACACUUGCUUUGUGUGUUCAGUAUGCUGUGAGAGUUUAGAGGGACAAACAUUCUUCUCCAAGAAGGACAAGCCGCUCUGCAAGAAGCAUGCUCAUGCCGUGAAUAUCUGAAGAUUCUCAUAACAGAAAUAAGAUGCCUUCGCAUUAAAAUGUCUUUAAAAUUCAUAUUAAUGUCAGCUGAUAUAAGGAAUUGUUUGUAUUCACAUGCUGCUUUAGGUGUUCAGGAAAAAAAACAUGUUGCCUAACCUAAAGGUUUUAGAUUUUCAUACAGGAGACACAAAUUUUUAGGGUGAUCAAAGUGAUGCUCUGAAUUUGCAGCAUCGUGGAAUAUACAAGAAAAUACAUAAGGAGAGUAAAUGGAUGCCAAGUGUAUAAGAUAAAUCUCCUAAGGCCCUGCUCAAUUGGAUGAUUCAAACAAAAAUGUAUACAUAUACCCCUUGUUAAACAAAUUGGUCAUUGUCACUUCUCAUGAGACGAUUAAAAUGUGUGAGAUUGCAAAGGUUAAAGUGCUGUAAAGGUUAUAAUUAAGUAGACAAGGGUUCCUUUGGAAGUCCGCCUUAGAAAUGUGGUUGAAUGUGUAAGUGGUCUUUUGUGAUUGAUUUGGUUACUGUGUGCUCAGUCUCUAGGUCCCUCACUUAACGCUGAUGA